UCAUGUACUCCCUCCCAUUGAUAAACUACCACCACACCCGCAGCUCACCAUGCAGCGCCUCGCAGACCGCGUCCGGAAGGCGGAACGUGCGAUCGCGAAGAAGAAGACCAAAGAGGCCGAAUACCGCCUCCGCGCCGAAGCGUGGGAGCGCAACCAAACACGAAUUCGCACCGUCAGAUAUUACAAUGCGCUCUUCCGAGCAGACCGCGCCAACCGCGCCAUCGACUGGGCUGCAGGUCCUCUCCUCGCACCGCGCCGUGAUGCUGGCGACAAACAAAAUACAUAUGGCGCCAUCGACAUCUACAACUUGCAGCCACCCGAGAAAGAGCCUGACAGCAGACUGGAAAAGACGGAAUGGCAGCUGUACGUGGGCGAUCGAGUCGUCAUCACGCGAGGAAGAGAUGUGGGCAAGAUUGGCGAGAUUGAUGAGAUUAGUGAGGAGAUGGAUGCCGUCCGCGUGAAGGGACUGAAUCAAAUCGACGUUUUCACCCCCGAGUGGAUGAAACAGUCCCACUCGCAGGAUGGAGACACCAUUACUGUGGAUCAGAUGAUCAGUCGAAAAGAUGUCAAAUUGGUCUUUCCUCUGCCCGAUCCUGCGACGGGCAUUCCACGAGAUGCUGUUAUUGAGCGGUUGGAAACAAAGGUAUCGAAUGGAGAGACAUACAGAGUGAUUCCGGGAACAACUACGAUCAUUCCCAGACCUCAGGCAGUAGAAACCCCGAUCGACGAUCAAGAGUUCGACGAUGAUACCCGCCGGAUCUCAGUGGAGCAGAGGACGUUCCGGCCCUUUCUGCUCAGGCCGCCUAUGCCUAUGACUGUGAUUGAUGAACUGAGAAACAAGUUUUCGAAAUUCCGAACCAGACAUGAGUACGAGUAUACUAUGCGGAAACAGGCGGAAGAGGCCAGGGAGCAAGCGAGAACGGGAGUGAGCAAGACGAUGAGGACCCCGUUGCAGGAAUUAGCGCAACUGAGGGCGAAGCAGAAGAAGCUGCAGGAGAAGGAAUUGACGAGGGAUCAGUUGGCGAAGAUUGGAGAGGCCAUUGUACAAGAGCAAGCGAGAAUAAAAGCCACGGUGUAAUGCACUGGUGCAUGAUACAAAUGGAUUGUAAGAUACCCGUGUACAGUCACCACGGUAUUGAUGUGUCACAGUGCACUAGUAUGCCGAUGACAGUACGCUUCCGCACAGGAAAUCUGGUUGAACUCAUUCGGCCGCGCGGUCGUGACGCUUGGGACGAAGACAAUUUAUAGGGCCGGACCUUGAGACCCAUUGAGCUCGACGUCAUACCCCCUUUCUUUCUGUAACGGCACCGAAAGUUGUUCCAAAUAUAUGUUAACAUUCCUCUGGAGACAUCCCUUUCCCAAGCAGCAAUAUGCUGUGGCCGUCCCUCGCCUACUGCUGGCCACAGCAUAAAGGCUUGUCGCAAUGGACCGAGCCGAGCGCAUACUACUAGCUGCACCGUUCAAGGUCCGCAAGGAGCGGGCCAAAGCUUGUUGCAUCCCUUUCGAAGUUUUCGAUUCUCUAGCAGACGUCUCGGUGGUACUGAUGGAAGCCAUCAAGCAUUACAUUUCCACUUGAAUGGUAGUUUACUGUACACCCUAUCAGCAGAUUGUUAUGUUUAUGUACUGAUGACGAGCCGAUCAAGCCCGACGUUCUCCGAACUAGACAACAACUCCUCAACCCUGCGCUUCCUCGUGUGAUGCAGGUGUCAAGCACUCAGGCCGAAAGAGGCAUACGGUACAUACAGCCUCACUGAAAGGCAUCGAUAGGCUCUUGAUGGACAGACAGCAUGAAACACUCUGACUCGUGCAGGCUCAAACUUAAGUCUCAGCCGCGUACCUAUGCCCUAUAUUCAGCAUUGCACAAACCAGAUCGUCAUGUGGAACAUACUGGUCAGCAAAGCACCGUAACCCCUAACAUGGAAUGCCAACAACAACAAAAGAACGACUUCACGAACCUCCACCCAUGCCCGUGUCUAUGCUCCUCCACGCGAGUCGCGCAUUGCGCUUGACAGCAGCGUUGACGCUGCUAUGUUUUCUCGUCCUAGUAUUAUUCUGGCGCUCAAUGAUCACCUUGCCUCAACGCAGCAGCAUCGAACCUCAUCGGCUCCCGCAAAGGCAAGUCCUGCGUGACUGGUCCAAUGCC